UUAAUCGGAAAUGCUGUUGACAGGCGGGAACUUGAAAGUUUGAGUAGGUUUAGGUUAAAAAAUAUUCCCGUGUGAGCACCGUAACCUGUUUUUAUUGAAUUAAAGAGGCAUCUUUCGUGGGAGCACGCUGUAGCUCGUUACCAGCUGUUAUUUGUCAGGAUGGCAGACAGAAAUCUUGUUCAGGACUUGAAACGCUGGGCGACAGAGGAGUUUGGGCUGUCCCCGGACAGACUGCCUAAUGACAGCUAUUUUAAAACACUCUGUGUUGGGACGGGGAAGUCGAUAUGGAAAUAUGUCAUCCAGCAUGUUUUCCAGCAAAGGAAUGUGAGGAUCAUGCGUGGCAAUCUUCAGUGGUAUAAAUCGCUUCAAGACAAAGAGGCUGAGGGCCAGAGUGAGGCUGCAAAGCGUAAAGAUCUCCAGAAGAAGAUAGAGCAGCUGAAAGAAGAGAUUAGUCACCUGGACUCUCAGAUGAGCGUUACAGAGGAGCAGAUGGCCACACAAGACAACUCUAUCAGUCGAACCUGGGCCCAGGUGGAAGACGGCCAACGCAGAGAGCUGCUGCUUCAGGCUUUCAGGCAGCGCUGCAUCUCAAGCCGCAAAUAUCUUUCUGAUGAUGUGCAACAGAUCAGUGUGCACUGCCAGGCUCUGGAACAGAUGGCCAGAAAAGCAGAAAUUGAAGUGCUGUUUGAUAAAUCUUCUUGCAACAGAGACAAUGACAACCUCAAUGUCAAAGUGGCAACAGAGGCACAAGUUCUGCGUGAUGUGAGAGAGCUGUGUGACGACAGGGUCCACUUCUAUCAGUCUUUACAAGAGUGUGAAUCGAAAACACAGCACUCUGCAGCCACACAUAUGACCCGUGAGCAGAGGACUGCUGUAUUCCAGUACUGGCUGAGUGCUGUUGAGAACAUGUUGGGUGCUUACCCUCCAAACCAUGUUCUAUCAGUGCUGCUGUAUUUGGCUUCAAGAGAGCAGAAGGUAUUGGAGGAGAAACUGUCGUCUCUGGACGUGACACGGGAUGUAACAGCUCUGCAGUUCCGCUAUGAAAGCGACCACCUUCUGGAUAUGUCAGCAGAAGAGGAAAAUGAGUUACCACCAGUUAAAACCCUCUUAGAGGCUGCGUGGGAAGAAGUGGAGCAGAGCUUGGUGGAACUGGCCCAGACUCGCUCCAGAGUCCAGCAGCUCAAAAACCAGCUGCAAACCCGUAAGAAGGACGCUGAGCUCGAGGUGUCCAGUAUUAGAGAUGAGCUCCAGGAUGAUUCCUUGGCACUAUCAGCUCUUGAGGUGGAACUACAGUGUGUGAUGCAGGCAGCUGCCAGGGAUUAUAUCAGAGACCGCUGCAUCCAACUUGACCAACAUGCCCAAAGUCGACAGGAGGCGCUAAGAAGCCUUCGCAGCCAGUGGCAGAGCAUACUGGACUUCAGACAACUAGUGCUUCUCAGACAAGAGCAGAUCAGAGGUCUGAUUAAGGGGAACUCGACAGCAAAGACGCAGCUGAUUCAUCUUCACAGAGAGUUAGAGGAAUUCAUCCAGGCAAAACUAAUGCCACAAUUUGAAGAUGUGACCGCUGCAGCCAACAGUCUAAGGAACGCUGUGUCUAAGGAGGCCAGACAGAUGGGAGCAGUUUCACUUCUUUCACUGGACCGCAGAACUAUCGAAGGUAUGCAACGAAUUCCUGCAUCAUGGUUGUCCAUCCAUCGCUUGCAGUCCCCGACCUUCAGCAGCUUGUGUCAGAGUCUGGCAUUCCCUCUGUACAAGGCUCCGGAGGAGUUGUGUUCCCGAUCUCGCUCACAACAGCUUGAGCUGCGUUUUCUCCGUCAGUUACUUCAGCUUCACUCUGCCACUCUGCAGAAGAUAAAGAAGGAAGCGGAUCAGCUGGAGGCAUCUGAUCAAAAAGCUCUCCUGUCCAGAGUCAUGGAGGAGGACCAAAAGCUUCUCAAGUCUUUGGUACCAAGAGUCAGAGGGCUCACUCACCGCUGUGCACAGGGCCUUUCUUAUGGGGACCAAGUCAAAACUGCCAUCUCUUAUUGGUGGGAAAGGCCAGCCCAGCAUGUUCUUCCUGAGGUCAGUAAAGGAGGACUGACUUUUCAGCAGUGGUUACAAAGGUGGAAACUAGCAGCAAAGUCCCCAUAGUUGAAUACUAUGAUGGAUUCCUUUCAGCACCUUUCAGUGGUAGAAUGAACACUGUGUUGUAGAUAUUUAAUGCACAAAUGGUGUUUGUUUGUUUUUUCUCUCAUUUGUCAUCAUUACUCCUAAUGUCUUACCAUGUGUAAAUCAGUCACUAAUAAACCCUUUUGAAGCGAAAUAUUUGUUCCUUUCUU